ACAAGCAACAAGAAAACAACCACGUCUGCUUCCAUUUCUUCAACCCCAACAACAAAUCCAAGCCACAACAUUUUGACCACCUCUGCUUCCAGUUUUUCAACCUCAACAGUACAUACAAGCAACAAGAAAACAACCACGUCUGCUUCCAUUUCUUCAACCCCAACAACAAAUCCAAGCCACAACAUUUUGACCACCUCUGCUUCCAGUUUUUCAACCUCAACAGUACAUACAAGCAACAAGAAAACAACCACGUCUGCUUCCAUUUCUUCAACCCCAACAACAAAUCCAAGCCACAACAUUUUGACCACCUCUGCUUCCAGUUUUUUAACCACAACAGUACAUACAAGCAACAAGACAACAACCACGUCUGCUUCCAUUUCUUCAACCCCAACAACAAAUCAAAGCCACAACAUUUCGACCACCUCUGCUUCCACUUCUUCAACGACAACAGUACGUCCAAGAACCAAAAUUUCAGCCAUGUCAACUUCCAGUUCUUCAGAAAUUCAGAGUAAAACGAUAACACAAAAGCCCACAGGACCUGAAGGAUCAGACACAGUGGCAACAGUGCAGGGUGUGCCUGGUUGGGGCAUUGCCAUCCUCGUGCUGGCGGCUAUCAUACUAUUCUUCAUGCUUGUCCUCCUCAUACUGCUGCUGCUGUUUUGGUGCUGUUGCUGGAAACAGCGUGGCUUCAUGCAUGUAUCUGAUCCAGACCCAACAGGCUAUUAUAAUCCCGACAUUCCUAUGUACUCCACUCAAAGCACGUAUGACUCACACAACGGCAAAUCAUUGGAUUUAGACCCAGAGAGACCUCAGAAAAACCGGUCUGGAACAUACACAGUGAACAAGUGAACGCCCUGGGCUUAAAGUCAAGUGGUACAACUUUUGAAUCAAACAGUGAAACCCAUGGAAUAAUUUACUCACCACUAC